AUGAUCGGAGUUAACAGUGUUCAGAGCACGAGCAAAGUCCGGGUGAGAGCCACAGGUUCGGUGAAAUACUCCCGAGAAGAAUCUCUCUGGCGACAGUCCCAUCGAUCAAAAUCUAUGAAAAUCUCCAACUCCUCUGAGUUUUCUACUAAAGAAAGCAAGGCCCUCUACAAUUCAAUCAAGAAUGAGAAGCUGGAAUGGGCAGUGGAUGAAGAAGAGAAAAAGAAGUCUCACUCAGACAGUACAGAUGAAAAGGAUAAUGGGAGCCAGGUGAAGGCUGUCAGUCGAAUUGGGAACUCAAAUAACCCAUUCCUGGACAUCCCUCAUGACCCUAAUGCUGCUGUCUAUAAAACUGGAUUUCUGGCUCGGAAAAUCCAUGCAGAUAUGGAUGGAAAGAAAA